GUUACAUCGGAUUGGUUCGUCAGAACCUUUCAAAAAGAGUGCGCGAGGGUUGUUGAGUUUCCAGUAGUUUAGACUCAAUCCAACUGCUUGUGAUUGUUUUUUUUAAAUUAUGUAAAAUAUUGUAUGCGGUUUCUCUAACCCCCCUGCGUACAGUAUGAAGUGUUUAAAAGUGGACGAUUACAUCCAGCGGACCACAUCCAAAGCACAGACGGAGCAGCUACACCAAGAACUGGAGGAUGAUGUGAAGAACAGUCCAGGACUCCAGGGUCGCACGCUGUCUGACAGGAUCAUCAGAGCGUGUAACCAUCAGCUCGGAGGUGGACACCUGCAUCCAGAGCACGUUAGCCAGCUUGUCAAGCUGGUGGAGCUUUCUCUCCGGAUUUAUGAUGUUUCUGCAGAGCUCAUUCCUCACAGCGUUCCCCUGUACAUGGAAAAAAUACUUUUCCACAUUGUCAAGAACCUGAGCUCCCAAGAAGCUUUCAGUCAAUGCAGCAAUGUGGCCGAAUUGCUGUGGGAGAGGCUAGCUACAGCUCAACAGGGUGAACAGUACACAGCUAUUGUGCGGAGCUGCUUCUCUGUUCUCUGGACUGGACUGUCUGCUGACAAAGUCAAGAAAACCUUCAAUCCCCAAGAGAGAUUUUUGUGCCAGAUUCAGGCUCUGAGCUUCCUCCUGCUGUUGGACUCUACAAAUGAGGCGUCAUCCUUGUCUAAUGUUCCAAUAUACGCAGAAUACGCAGUGGCAGAAUUUGAGGGUAUCUGUGGUAGUUUGUCCAGGGAGGGGGCAAAUGCCGUUGUCCAGAAAUUGCGCUCGCUUUUUGACAAUCACUACAGCCGUAGUCAGGGUUGCAACGGCAAAGGAUCUAAGCAGAAAACUAAGAAUUCGAGUGUAUACCUGUUUUGUGAAAUGCUGCUGGUUGUUACCAGGAUGCUUUGCAAGGUCGGCCACUAUAAUGUGGCCUCCGCUUUCCUAAAGGAAACCAGUCUUAAGGUCAGUGACUGCACAGGCUGUGAGUGCACGGCCCUGGUGCUUGGUAAACUGGCGAUAGACGUUCAUUCGUCCAUGAAGGCCGGCGCGGGGAACGGUCAGGCACUGACCAACUGCGCUAGGGCUUUGAGGUCGAUCUCUGUGGAGCUGGAGGACCAAGAAGCUCGUGCAGUUCUACAAGGCUGUGAUCUGGUGGUGUGGGCUGUGGAGCAGACUCAGAAACAGGCCUUCACUGCCGUCGAUCUCCUGGCAUGGUUUUCAUUCCUUGAGGAGCACCAGGAAUGGAUGGUGAAGUUGCAGGGGAAGAUUAUGACAUGCAACUCUGAGAAACUGCAACAGAGUCUGUGCUUCAGUAUGUACCAAGGCUUCGUUUUCGCUUACGAGAGCCUGCAGGCCUCACAGCUGGAGGACAACGAUGCUCUGCACAGAGUUCUGCUCUACUGUAAAGCCACCGCUGGGAAGAUGAUGACGGAGCUGCACAAGCUGCCGAGUGAGAGCCUUCUCACCAAAGCAGUGAUUGCUGUCAGCAACCUGGUGUGUGGACUGUACAACCGGCAUCAGUUUGACCAGGCCUUCCAGCUCGUCGAGGUUGUCUGCAGGGAUCUGUGCAGGAAUUCCCCCGUUUCACUCUCUGUUGACAGGCUGAGUCGGCCUUUCAUGUUGGCUGUGCAGACGUCUCGAAAGGCCGGACACCUGGAGCAGGCCCUGGACUGGGUGAUCCACUGGCUGAAGGCACUCGGUGACAAAAUACUUCCACACAUGGCCGAACCCAUUUCACUGUGGGUAAAAAUCAAGAUCGACGCGGCUCGUAGCUCUGAGGAGGACAUCCGACUGAGGACGCUCCGUGAUGGUUUUGGUCCUGACGUUCCUGGUGAAGAAGUCAUGCUCGGCCUUUUGGAGGAAGAGCUGCGAGCCUAUAAGGACGUAGCGGGCGACACUGCCUCGGAGCGAUACAACACACUGUGCGAUCUCCUGGAUAUCUGUCACGAGGACGGCUCUCACACGCACCUCCGCGCCGUUUACCUCUGUGAAAUGGCUCAAGUCGUGUGUUUUCAGGAUUUCAGCGAACAGACCGACUGCUCUGCAGUUGAUUUUACACACGAAGCGCUGCGACUUUUGGAGGAAGAACCAGUAACGGCGAAGAACGCCGACAGACUCAAAGACGACAAGGCCCGCGUUUUGCUGUGGCUCUACAUCUGCACACUGGAGAAGAAUCUCCAGGAGGCUGUUGACGGAGCCAAAGAACAGCAGGAACAGAAGCGAGAGGCCAAUCCAAUAGGAACCAACGACUUUGAUUAUGAAGCGGAGAAGAAAUUCCAGGACAGUUUUCAGGUUUACGACGGCCUGCAGUUCAACCUGGCGUCAGAGCACAAAAUGUGCAAACCGUUGGAGCGAGCGUUGAAGGAGUGGACGGCUCUUCUGCAGAGUGGAGCUCUGCCCUCGGUCAGGUCCCCCAAACAAACCUGCAGCUCCAUCGCUCUGACGGCUGCUCUCUUCAGACUUAUGGGCAAACCGUUGAUGGCCUUGGAGGCGUACCAACUUUCAACCGGGCUGUCACGCCUCCUUCCUGACCCGCAGCAGAGCGUCAGCUCACUGUGUCAGUCAGCCAGCGUCCUUCUGGAUUUGGGUGCCCCUGAUUUGGCCUUGGUCCAGUUACAGCAGGCUGAAGAGGAGCUUCCCUCGGAACCCCCCGGCGAGGGUCCGUCCUCCCUGUCCAUGCUGCUGCUUCUGUUGAAGGCUCAGUAUUACUACAGCACAGGGAAGGUGGCUGAAGGAGUUCCUCUUUUGUGUGACGUGCUGAAACAAGUGAACGAGUGCAGACAAUCGAAGAGUUGGUACCUGCUGCGUGCUCGGGCUCUGCAGACCUGCAGCGCUUACCUGAAUCUGGACACAGCUGUGCUGCCACAGGCCGAGCGCAGACUCGUGUCACAGCACGGGUUCGGCAGCCCAGACUCCCCUCUGUAUGAAGGUCUGAAGCUUCUCUGCAGCCUGUUGGUCACUUUGGUGGGAAAAGGUCUUUAUGGGACCAACGACGGCAGUUCAGACGUGCGCUUUAUCGACCAAGGCGAUAACCUGUUGGUGAAAUGGCAGCUGCUCUCUGACCUGUUGAACUGCUCAGUGAGGAUGGUGGCUGUGAGGAGCAGCUGUGGGGCCGUCAACGACGCCAGGCUCCAGUGUCUGGAAGCCCUCAAACUGGCCAACAAGCUUCAUGCACCGGGCCAAUGUGCUGAGCUGCUGGUGAUAAAGGCAGAGUUGGAGCUGAUCCAGGGGGAGACGAGGGAAUGUGGCUCUGACCUGAACAGAGUCGCUGACCUGCUGGACCUCUGCACAGAUUUUUCUGAUCCAGCCCAAAAGGCCGAGGGGAAGAUCAAACCCAGGAAAAGUGUGACUUAUACUCCAGGAAAAUAUAAUUUUCAUUAUGCAUUAUUUCUGAUGCAGGUUGAGUUCAGUGAUGAGAGCGACUCUGAGGCUGCUGAAACCAAAGACAUCCCUCAAAAAAGGCCGGCUACGAGAAGAACGGCGAAGGUUGCUAGUGCGGUCCCAGAUUUACCCGCUGAGAAACAACUGCCCAAGAGACAGACCAAGGGCAAAAAAAGCACCGCAGUGGCUCCGUCCACGUCCUCGGAGGACGACGCCUGUCAGCCGGUCUCCACGAGGAGAGGAAGGAGCAGGAAGGAGGCGCCCCAGAAAGACAUGGAGACGUUAGAAGAACCGGACAAAAUGAGGGCCAUCGAGGAGGAGGAGGAGUCAAAGGGCGUUCUCGACAUCACCAUCGAAGAGCUCAGAACGUCAGAUAACGACUUUGAUGACAGCCCUGCCUCAAAUCUGGAAAUAUUGCGUCGAGAUGUGUGUGGCCUGGAUAAAGAUGGCUUUACUGAGCUGAAGACCAAAGGUCAUGUGACUGAAGGUCCACAUACCCAACUUUCUGAUUUGGACACCAGAACAGAACAUCUCUCCCUGGAGGAGGUUCAGGUGUUGCUCCGUUCUGCCUGGCUGACCCUGCAGCACUUUCCUAAUCCCAACAUUUUUCCUACCCUGAGUUCUCUCCUGGCUUUGGCUCUGGGACAGAAGGACCCGGUUGCUACAACGAUGCUACACGCUCAGUCGCUGGGCGUCACGAGCCGCCAUCGCACCAUCAGGCACCUGGCCAACUGUCUCAAAAAACUGAGGAAGUCCUCCGGUGAACUGUCAGACAAGAUGAACGCCCUGAGUCUGAAAGAUCUGAGUUCCACUGAGUCUAAGUCUUCAGCUGAACAAAGGCUCACGCUGUUAGAAAACGUCUUCUCCUUCCCCCACGCCGACUCCUCGUCGUUCCCCCAAAGUCACUGCCAAGAGUUUCAGGAGCAGCUUCAACACCUGCCCUCAGGAGUAACUGUCUGUAUGAUGUCUGUGUUUGGACUGAAACCUGGAGAAAUGGGCGACAGCAUCUUACUGUCACGUCUCGAGAAAGGAUCUGACCCAGUUACUGUUCACAUCCCCACGUCUAAGAUGCAGCGUCCAGUCAGUUGGCUGGUGCAGGAGCUGGACAGUAUCCUGGUGCAACAGAAGGCUGUGAGCUGUGUGACUGAAAAGGCCAAGUGGUGGGAGGGACGGAGGACGUUAGACUCUAGAGUUGAGCACCUGUUGACGGUAAUGGAGGAAAUGCUCGGAUGCUGGAAGAGUUUUCUUCUGCCGUCGUCUCCAGAUCCACAGCUGUCCAGACAGACUCAGCAUCUGAGCAGAGGGUUGUCUUCACGAGGACUGACGUGUAGUGAAGAGAUGUUAAAGGCUGUUCUGUCUGCAUUUCCUGCGCUCUCCCAGGAAGACGUGCAGAGAUUCAGUCUCGGGGUUUCUCCACACUGGGACGAGGAGUGUGACCAGCUCCUCUGUUCAGCUGUGUCUGGACUGUCCAAGAUAGAGCAGCCCCGCGGUCAUGUGGUUCUCAUCCUGGACAAGUAUCUCCAGAGGUUGCCGUGGGAGAGCGUCUCCAUUUUGAGGUCUCACUCCGUCAGUCGGAUGCCUUCCCUCCACUCACUGAUGGGACUGAGCGUUCAGAAGGAGACUGACUCUCACUCCAUCUUGAAGCACGGUGUUGAUACCAAAAAAGUAUUUUAUGUGCUGGACCCUGAUGCUAAUUUGGGCCACUCUCGGGAUCAAUUCAAAGAAUGGUUUUGCAGUAGACCUGACUGGGAGGGUGUGUGUGGUGUGGCUCCUGACUCUCGUCAGCUAGAAGAAGCUGUGGCAACCAAGGAUCUCUACAUUUACGUUGGUCACGGAGCAGGAUCUCGGUUCUUGGACAGUCAGAUGAUCCUGAAGCAGCAGAUGAGAGCGGCUUCUCUGCUCUUCGGCUGCAGCAGUGCCGCUCUGGCAGUGCGAGGCAACCAAGAAGGUCAAGGAAUCAUCCUCAGCUACCUGAUAGCAGGCUGCCCUUUUAUUUUAGGAAACCUAUGGGACGUGACAGAUCGGGACAUCGAUCGUUUCACCAAAGCCUUGCUGGAGUCGUGGUUAUCUGCUGGCUCCGGGGCCUCCCUGCUGCAGUACAUGAGCCAGUCACGUCAGGCCACACAUCUGAAACACCUGAUAGGAGCUGCACCUGUGGUCUACGGCCUCCCUGUCCACCUGCAGUAGACGACCAAGGAAGUGUUUUGUCUUUCAAAAUUCAUGGCUUUUUUUUUUUGUAAUUUUUUUUUAACGUUUUGAACUUGACUGAUGCAUCAUUUUAUAGUUCAACAAUCUAAUGUGUUUUGAUUUAAUUAUUAAAUGUAUUCUUACACACAUUUUAUGACUGUUGUGGAUAUAAUAUGAUGCAGAGUGUAGUAAAUUAUUUUGGACUUUUAGUCAAAUUUGACUGCUUUUAAUUUUUAAAGAUAAAAAUUUAAUGGACUGUACUUUUUAUCAAACUUAAUUGUACAAACAUAUGUACAUUUUACAGGUAAAGUAUAGAGUUUAAUAAACAUUAUAUAUUUCUGACCUCUGAACGUCUCACAUUGUCUUCAAUCGCUAGUUCAUCACUAGUGUUCUGAUAUAUUUUGUGUUUCUGCUACAUUGUUAUUGCAGGUUUAUGACUUUUGUUUUGAUAAGGUCACACUACCUUAAAUGCACAAUCUUUGGUCAUGGCAAUAAAUAGGCAAAAUUUAACCCAGUUUACUUCCAGUAAGUUUCCCUGAUGUUUGUGAUUUAACCUGUUUUGCAAAUGUAAUUUCAUUUAAAAUGUUUUGAAAAAUGUCUUACAUUUGGAACAAAUGUAAGACACACUA